CGGACGAACUUUGGAGCGGUCGCGAAGGUAGCACUUCUGCUUCGUUGGCUUGCAAGCACGCGUGAUCGUUACUUCGGCUUGUAGAACCGUUCGUUCGUCGUUCUCGAGGGACUGUUGCUUUUUGUGUUUUGCCAUUAUAUAGUCACGCCGCUGCUGUGCAGUCGUUUGCAAUUUUACGGGUUUAGCAUUAUUUUAAAAGAAAUUCGAGCGUCCUCCAGAAUAUUCUAUCAUCAAUGAAACCUGAUCGACGGGCGGAGAUCUUUUUACGGUUGCAGUCUUUGACAAAACAAAAAACUGAAUCUAAUCUACCCAGUAUCCAAUUUCAUAGCUUCAAGGGUUGUUUACAAAACAAAUCGUUGGGGUAUGUGUCCGCAGUGCGAUAUAGUGCGAUCGUCGUAAAAAUGAUGUGAAAGUGAGUUGCAUAGCUGUAAAGAAGUGUUAUCUGUUAUUUGAAGAGAAUGUUUUGCGCAUGUGAAUCGUAUCAGUGAAGAUUUGCCUUACUGGACAUCUGAAUUCGUGUGUAGGUGAUGACUUCUACGGUCGUAAGGCAGUAACGGUGCACGCUGAUACCUGCUUCGACUCAAUUGAUUAAUAGCAGUUUAACGUGAAUUGGAAAAUGUCAUCGAGGCCAAGUUUAAUCGGUGGAAUUAAUUAUUACUGCUAACUUGGUUCCGCUGGGCGACAAUCAGAUGUUGCGCCGUUAUUGGUCGAGUGCUGGAUUCCAGCUGAUUUGCGGUUUGCCGCCGCUUGAACAGGUUGAAGGAGGAAACCCCCUGAAUGAUGGAGGUUGCCGCUCGAAGCGAUUAAACUAAUCGUACCAAGCACAUAUUCAGUGUAGUGCGCCGUAUGUUUUGAUGUGUGAAAAGUACCGUACAGUGAUAAGAUAGAAAAAAAAUUGCAGCUCUGUGCUAGCCAAUGUGUUAAUCGAGUUGAUGUGAUAUUUCGUAGAAGAAACUCGAUAGCCCUCAACCAGCAGCAACAUGCUGAACGGAAAGCCAUCUACGGAAAUGAGCCUGCUAACGGUUCCCACCAAGAUCAUCCCCACGAAACAACACGCUGCCAGCCGAGAUGGCAUCGAGACGGAUGAGGAUGAGGGUGGGCUAGGAUAUACGCAUACGCUGAUGUAUGGCCGUUAUACCAAAGACCUAGGAGAAUACGCCAAAGAUGAAGCGCGAAGACUCAGACUUCUUGAACGAAGAAGAAAAAAAGACGAUAAAGCAAGAAACAAGGAACUACUGGGAGUGCGGGAUAACAAAUUUUUCAAAGCCUCCUCAUGGCUGUGGCGAAAUACUUUCGCGCGUCUCGGCGAGGACUGGGUGUUCCUGGCCCUCCUCGGCAUCAUCAUGGCCCUGCUGUCCUACGUGAUGGAUAAAGGCAUUGCGAUGUGCACAAACUCACGAGUAUGGCUGUACCGAGAUCUCACCAAUCAUCCCGUGGCGCAGUACCUUGCCUGGGUGUCCCUGCCCGUGUGCCUGAUCCUCUUUUCGGCCGGAUUCGUCCACCUGGUUGCACCGCAGAGUAUAGGCUCCGGCAUUCCGGAGAUGAAAACCAUUCUGCGGGGAGUGGCCCUGAAAGAAUAUCUCACCUUCAAGACGCUGGUCGCCAAAGUGAUAGGUCUAACGGCGACGCUGGGGUCUGGAAUGCCCCUCGGCAAGGAAGGUCCCUUUGUACAUAUAGCUAGUAUAGUAUCGCAGUUGUUAAGUAAAAUUAUCACGUCAUUCCAAUCGAUCUACGAGAAUGAGUCGCGCAACACGGAAAUGCUGGCCGCGGCAUGUGCCGUCGGUGUGGGGGCAUGCUUUGCCGCACCUGUUGGCGGGGUCCUGUUCAGUAUCGAAGUAACUACGACCUACUUCGCUGUGCGAAACUACUGGCGAGGUUUCUUCGCGGCCGUGUGCGGUGCAACCGUAUUCCGGCUGUUGGCCGUGUGGUUCCAAAAGGCGGACACCGUAACGGCCCUGUUUGCCACCAACUUCACUGCCGAUUUUCCAUUCGAUCCGCAAGAGCUGUUCGUGUUUGCAUUGAUUGGUCUUGUUAGUGGUCUAGGCGGGGCUUUGUACGUGUGGGUCCACCGAAAAUAUGUACUAUUUAUGCGAUCAAAUAAGCGAAUGAACAAAUUCCUCCAAAAGAACCGAUUCCUGUAUCCUGGCAUUGUAUCACUGAUAGUGGCCACCCUUUCAUUCCCUCUUGGGUUUGGCCAAUUUAUUGCCGGAGAGCUGAGCACCCACGAGCAGGUGCAUCAACUUUUCUCCAAUUUUACUUGGAGUAGGAACGAACUCACCGUUGAGCAGGCAGCAGUUGUAUCUAACUGGCAAACAGCCAGUACCAAUGUGUUUAUUAAUCUCAUCGUCUAUUUGUUGUUCACGUUCUUCUUUUCCAUCGUAGCUUCUACCAUUCCGGUUCCGUCUGGUAUUUUUAUUCCUGUGUUCAAAAUUGGCGCUGCCUUCGGACGACUGAUUGGCGAAGCGAUGCAUCUAUGGUUUCCGUUGGGUGUUCGGUACGGUGGUAAGCUAGCUCCCAUCAUCCCAGGAGGAUAUUCCGUCGUGGGUGCAGCCGCAUUUUCUGGAGCCGUUACACACACUGUAUCAGUGGGUGUGAUUGUGUUCGAAAUGACGGGCCAAAUUACUCACAUUGUGCCAGUGAUGAUUGCUUCAUUAGUUUCCAAUGCAGUAGCUGCACUACUCCAGCCGUCCAUGUACGAUAGUAUUAUUCUGAUCAAGAAGCUACCCUAUCUACCAGAUUUGCUGCCCAGUGGGUCAGGUAUGUACAAUAUCUACGUCGAGGACUUCAUGCUUCGUGAAGUGAAAUACAUCUGGAAGGGAAUCUCGUAUCAGAAAUUGAAAGAAAUCCUAAAGGCGAACAAAGGUUUGAGGAGCUUACCCAUUGUGGACAGCCCAGAAAGCCCCGUUUUAUUGGGUAGUGUUCAACGAUACGAGCUGAUAAAAAUGAUCGAUAAACAUAUUGGGCGAGAAAAGCGUUUGGAGGUGGCAGCAAAGUGGUUGAAGGAAGCCGAAGAAAAAGCACGCGAAGAACAAGAACGACUCAGGCAUGAAGCUGAAGAGUUGCAGAAAACUCGUCGUCCAUCGCGAUUUGAAGUUAGUCCCGCACCUGAUAUACUCAAACUUCGUGAACGAGCCAACAAUGAAAUGUUGCCCCCUCAAGCGAAGAAAGAAAGCACUGGAUUUAGUCCCGUGUUCGGAACUCAGCCUAAGAAAUCGAUCCUCAAGAAAACCAAUUCGUUCACGUUGAAAGGAUUCACACCACUAACACCGCAUAGCCCCACCCAAACUCCAUACACAACCAUCACCGGUGGCACCGAGAGUCGUAUCAGGUCCGCAUUCGACAUCAUCUUCCGCAAGUCAGCCACUCUUCAGGACGUUACCCCCGAUCCGGAGGUUGGUUCCAUCGGUACACCUAGCAUUUCCGGUACUGAAGGGGUACCACUAACACCAGGAAUUUCCAAGAAAGUUCAACUGCCACGAGAACGUGUCAUCGAUAUGUCUGCCGAAGACCAGAAGGCCUGGGAACUCGAAGAAAUGGGCAAACCCAUUGACGUUGAACAUCUACACAUUGACCCUGCGCCAUUCCAGCUGGUGGAACGUACUUCCAUUUUGAAGGUUCACUCGCUCUUCUCGAUGGUCGGCAUCAAUCACGCGUAUGUGACGAAUGUGGGAAAUCUAGUCGGAGUAGUGGCACUCAAAGAGUUGCGACAAGCGAUCGAGAAUGUUAAUAGUGGUACGCUUACGCCGGAAUCGGUCAAGCAGAAACAAGAGGAGGAAGCGAAAGCAAAGGCUCAAAAAGAAGCGGAGAGCAAUAAUUCAUCCCCCGAGGAGCCCCUGCUAUCCAAGGGUGACGCCUACAGUGAUAAGAAAGUAAAUAGCACUAUAACUUCUAUGGAUUCGGCGCUGUCCUACUCGGACAAUUGUUCCGAUAUCGAACUAGACCACGUUAGAUUAACAAACGAUAAAGAUAGCUCCUCCACAAUACACAGUAGCGACAAUAGUCACAACGGCAAUAGCAACAAUCCACAGUCAUAACCUCAUAGUAUCACCUCUAACAAUUAAAAAGUUAUGGAAAGGAGACUCUAGAAUAGCGUUUCAACUCGUUGAUAUCUCGAAAACCUCAAGGUGCACUCAAAACUACUCAAUCACCGGAAACCACAUCAUACAUUCGACAACGAUGUACACACACCAAAUACACACCGGAAGAAAAUUAAAACUCAAGUCACCUUGAAAACUGCUUGCCGGGACUGCUAAGGAUCACUCAGAUAUUCAAGGAUUAAACAAAUUCGUUAGCAGUAAACAACCGGAGGUGUACCAUCCCCCUUCUCCUUCGUGAUUAUGCAUCGCACGCAGAUGGUCCAUUUUUUUAGCUUAGUUUUCCCCGAGACGACCAUGAAUGAUGUGAAUGAUGCAGUUCUUCCGAGAAAGUUGUGAUUCUAAUUUUAGUCCAAAUCAAAGUCUACCCUCACAUCUCAUUGUGUCUAGGAUGUAAGACCGCGUGGUUACCCAGUAACAACUCGUAACGAGCAUUGGGCGCGACGUGUCGUGCACUGACUAUUAAAUUAUUAGUU